AUGAGGACUGCGGUCCUGUGGGGCCUACUGGCCCUACUGUGUCAGCACACACUGGUCAGCAGCCACAUACUGGGACGGGCCUCUUCUACCAGUGACCUUGCUCAGCUCAAGUCUCUACUGGAGCGCUUUGAGGAGACUCUGGCUGCGGCUGCCCAGGAGGAAGACUCUGAAGCGGAUUAUGAAGGGACAAACCAGGAGCCUGAGCGCAGCCAGACCAGCCGAGGAUGGAGCAUUAACCAGGAGGGGGACCAAGAACCUCUGAUAUCAGACAGAUCUCAAGCGCCGGCGGAGGGCCACAACAGGGCCACGAGUCAGAGGAGCCGUCUGCAGGACCUGCUGAUGGCCACCAGGAAACGAGCCUCCAGCUGCUUUGGAGCCAGAAUGGAUCGAAUAGGAAACGCCAGCGGUCUGGGAUGCAACAAUGGAAGAGGCUAG